AUGUCGAAGGACACCAUCCAGCGCACGAUUCUUACGGAGCCUCAGGAUUGGGAUAAGUGGCUGAAGGAGCUUCGGGCCCGUGUGGACAAGACCAUCCACAAGCUCAUCUUCGAACAUGACAAGACCCCCCUUGAACUACCUGAACGCCCCGAAUUCAGUGAUUUCAACGCUGAGGCUGAAAGAUUUGCUGAUCUGAAUGCAGGCCAGCAGAAGGCUUAUUCUGAAGCAUCGAGGGACUACGAAGGUCGCCGAAAGGAAUACCUCUACGAGACGAGGCUCGUCACAGCAGCCCCUUGUGGUCUUGACAGCCAUGAACUUGAGGGUUGCUGGCAAGUCUUCGAGGAAUUACGGCCAGGCCAUUUCAAUCGAUCUGAAAGGCUGUGCAAGAGAGCCCAGAAGGCUAUCAAGGAUAACCCCGACCUACGGAAGAAGGUCGAGGAGAUCCGCGAAAUCCAGAAAGAUGGGAAAUAG